GAAAACCGACAGCCUAGCUCACCCAACACUCCUCCAAAAUGAGUUCGUCGAUAAUGAAUACGUCAUGUCAGCAGAGUAUCUCCAGAAAGAAGCAUACCAUGGUUCAUCCAUAAGCCAUAAAGUUGCACAGAUACUUCUUUGGUCUUUCAUCUCCAUUCUGAUUGCCCCUAUCCUCGUCAUAGUCAACAUACUCUUUCAACUCCGCGACUCCAAGUACUCCUGGGCUGCGAUUACUGGCUGUCUAUUCUUUAUCGUAUCACUCAUUUCCUACUUUCUUCACGACAGCAAGGACCUUGACGAAUCCUAUUCAACACAAUGGGGAAUGAAGACUAGAAAUACCGCGCAAGAGGUUCAAGAUCGAAUCUAUGUCAAGGACCGAAACAUGUAGUUCUCUCUUUCCCCAACUGCCAAUAUGGAAUCA